UGGGCACUAGGCAGAAUAUUCACUGCGGCUUCAUAUCGGUGGAUGUUUCUUACGCUCCAUGUGGCCGAGUGGUGUCUGAAAACAUCAGCAUGGAAAUGUUGAAGAUAGAGCAAGUCAUUGUUGGGAGUGAGAGGAGAUCCACUUCAGCGGAGAUCAAGUCAGAGCCCCCCGUCGCUCCUUUGCAGUCCUAUCAGCAUGAGAGCCUGCAGUGUUUUCAGUGCUUCAUCACCUUCUGUAACUCCAAAGCCAAGGAGAGACACAUGAGGAAGAGUCAUCGGGACCAGUACAAACAGCAUCUGCAGCAGACUGAUACAGUCUUCACUUGCUAUAAGUGUGACAAGAGCUUCUCCUCCUCAGAUGAGCUCAGCCAGCACCAGGCCACCCACAGCAGAGAGGAGAAGCCCUUCCUUUGUCCUUACUGCCAGAAAAACUUCUUUACCUUCACUGAGCUGAACAAACACAGGCGACAUGAAUGCAUAGAACGACGGUGUCCCUGCAGGGACUGUGGCGCCUUGUUCCCCAGUCCUUCGCGCCUUCGCAUGCAUCGCAUCGCUGUGCACCCUCAUUACUCCAUAGUGUCUGAUGACAUCAACACCUACCAAUGCUGCAAAUGCAGUCGUGGUUUCCCGACAGAAGAAGAGCUCAUGCAGCACCAGGAGAGAUUUGCCAAUAAUAUAAACUGUGACGUUAAGCCACAAGGCAAAAAACGUGGUCGUAAACCCAAAUACGCAACUCAAGGAGGAAUGGUUGAGAGCAAGAAGAUCAAACAAGAAGAGGGAGCAGAGGGAUGCCACUCCAAUGGGCUUCAGCCGGAGCUCAAGAUUCCUUGUCCCGAAGCAAAUUGUGACCUUAUAUUCCCUUCUGUUGCAGCCCUGCGGGCACACAAAAGGGACGCACAUGGGUCUCCCCCUCGCUAUGCUCACACAUGCACAGAGUGUGAUGAGAGCUAUGCUCGGCCUGAGCAGCUCAAAGCACACAUUGCCAGGGAUCACUACUCUGAAUACACCUGCCCGACCUGUGGAAAAAACUUUGCACAAGAGAGCACCCUAAAGAUCCACCAGAACACCCACACUGAAGGAGAGGAGGCAGCAGAAAAAAUUUAGCCUGUAGACCAGGGGUCACCAACCUUUUUGAAACUGAGAGCUACUUCAUGGGUAUUGAGUCAUACGAAGGGCUACCAGUUUGAUAAACUCUUCUGAAAUAACAAA